UAACCAGUCAUGUUAAUUCAACCAAUCAAUUAUUAGCACUCCUCUGUCACUUCGAUUGUGAAGAUUUCCAUGUCGGAAAGGUCAGCGUAUAAUUAAAAUAAUACUGGGGUGGUUUAGUGUUGGCCCUAACGGAGUGUGGGAGUCUUCAACGGCCGGCUUGCCUUGGCCUGGAUGGUGUUGUGACUAUCAGUUGUUCAUUAACGCACAGAGGGAGGACUGAUAGCGCAAGCACACAGCAAGCAGGAGGAUUAUUGCUCUCAAGCUUUCACCGGCGAAGCAGCGGCAGGGUGGCAGUCUUCCGCAUUGUCUUUACAAAAUCUCAGUAAAAAGCAGAUUUUUUUUUUUCCCUGCGCUUGGAUGAAGGACUGUGAAUCAACAGAUUUUUUUUUUGCCUCUUCGCUUUGGAUUGAAGCAAUCUCAGGAGGUGCUCAACUCUGAAAAGAAGUGAUUUUUUUCUUGAGGGGGGGGAGAUGUAGGAACUGUGGCAAGACAAAAAAAAUGACUAUAAUGUGGUAUAAGAUGAGAGGUUUGAAUAGUUUACCUUACCUGGGAAUGUUAGUCAUGGCGGUGAUUGGCAACAAGAUGCUGGACGACUGUCUGGCGUCCAAACGUCGAUUCACUAUGAACGUUGUGCUGCUGGAAGACAACACGUACGAGUGGAGUCGGCCCUUCGUGGAGGCGGCGGUGGAGCAAGCCAUUGAAGAGGACAGGAAGGAGAAUAUUAAACAUAAUUUAAGCUUCGCUUUGACAGCUAACUACCACGGCUUCAACACGACCCUGUACAACCGGCAAGGCUGUGGCAGCAGCACUUGCGAAGGCGUGGCCAUACUCAAGAUGCUAUAUAAUAAUGGUGACGUCGGUUGUGUCAUGCUGGGCCCUUCGUGCACGUACGCUACCUUCCAGUUAGUGGAUGAUGAAAUUGGCCUGACCCUAAGCACGCCCGUCAUUUCCGCCGGGAGCUUCGGCCUCUCUUGCGACUACAAGCCGAAAUUGACUCGGAUUUUGCCGCCGGCACGCAAGAUCUCGGAUAUGUUCUACCACUUUCUGAAGGAGGAGUUGCCAUUCAAGGAUGAAUGGCAGCAUGUUUACGUAUAUAAGAAGUCCAGCGAUAACGCGACAGAGGAUUGCUUCUGGUAUACCAAUGGACUGGAAGCUCCUUCCGCCAACUUUGCUACAAAAAUCAGAAGAGAAAUGCUACGUACUGAGGACGACUUAAAGGAAGCUCUCAUAGAUGACCAACGACACAGUAACAUUUUCAUCAUUUGUGGCCGUGUUGAUGACAUCAUUUCAAUCAAAUCCAAAGUGUUCCCGAUUCCGCCAGAUAUCAUGUUCAUUCUCAUGGAUAUUUACAAUCCUGAGUAUUAUGUCAACACGACAUCCAAUCAGGCCAUGCGUAACGUCCUGGUCGUCACUCUCCCGCAGAGAAACUACAACUACGGAUCGACUUUACCUUAUAACGACACGAUUAAUGACUAUGUGGCUGGCUAUCAUGACGCCGCUUUACUGUUUGGUAAAGUGCUCAGGGAGAGGAUGCUCAGUCAGAGGAAUAACUCUGGUCGCAAAGGAGCUAAUGACGUCCCGCUUAGUGAUAAUCCAUUCGGGAAUGCUUCCUUCUAUGGUAUGGCAGGCCAUUAUGUCUUGGACAAGUACGGUGACAGAGACGUUAACUUCACCAUGAUUUACACAUCCACUCUAACCGGCAAGUAUGAGACUUUGCUAGUGUUUGACACGUCGAGGAAUGAAACUAUAGAUGUGGCCCAAAAACCUGCUCUGGCUUGGAAAGGAAAUCGCUUGCCUCAAGAUAUACCGGAAAAUUCCAAUGUCUUGACCACGCAGACUGUGAUUGUGAUCGUUCUGAGCCUGAGUGUUGUCGUGGUGACCGUCGUCGCGCUCAUCUUCUACAGGCAGAACAGAAAACAACGUCCGAUGCAAAAAAGGUGGUCUCACAUCAACCCUCACCUGAUUGGUCCACUGGAUGAGAAGGAGGUCUCCCUAAAGAUUGAUGAAGAUAAGAGGAAGGAUAGCACGUUCUACUCCCGUCGUGGCCGCUAUGAUAAAAAGCCCGUCAUCUUAAAAGAGCUCAAACAAACCGAUGGAGACUUCACAGACGAGCAGAAGAUUGAGCUUAACACUCUGCUGCGUAUCGAUUACUACAACUUGACCAAGUUCUACGGCACGGUGAAGUUUGAGUAUGCCGUGUUUGGGAUGUUUGAGCUGUGCUCCAGGGGAUCCCUCAGGUACAUUCUGAACGACAGAAUUUCCUACCCAGAUGAAACGUUCAUGGACAUGGAGUUUAAAAUAUCAGUCAUGUAUGAUAUCGCAAAGGGCAUGUCUUAUCUCCACUCCAGUAACAUUGCAGUCCACGGGCGCCUCAAAUCCACCAACUGUGUGGUUGACAACCGCAUGGUGGUGAAAAUCACCGAUUUUGGCUGUCAUACACUUUUGAGGCCAGGCAGAGAUGUAUGGACAGCACCGGAACAUCUCCGUAAAGAUGGUGUAUCUCAAAAAGGAGAUGUCUACAGCUAUGGCAUCAUCGCACAUGAAAUCAUUCUGAGGCAGCCUCCGUUUUAUACUCAAUACAAUUUGGGUCGUGCAGAGAAGAUUUACAGGGUGCAGUAUCCUAACGGGAUGCGUGUCUUCAGACCGGAACUCAACUUUGAUGGAGUGUCAGAGAAAGAAACUGAGUUGUACAUGUUGAUGAACAACUGCUGGGAUGAAGAUCCUGAACGGAGGCCAGAUUUUAAGAAAAUCGAGUUAACGCUGGGUAAGAUUUUCAGCAAUUUGCACAAUCAAGCCACCGAGACAUACAUGGACAACCUGAUCCGCCGUCUCCAGAUGUACUCGAGGACUUUGGAGAAUCUGGUGGAGGAGAGGACAGCUUUGUACAAGGCUGAGAGGGACAGAGCAGACCGUCUUAACUUCAUGCUACUUCCCGGCCCAGUGGUGAGGUCACUGAAGGAGACAGGCAUAGUGGAGCCGGAGCUCUACGAAGAAGUGACGGUGUAUUUUAGCGACAUUGUCGGAUUCACCACACUUUGCCACUACAGCACACCCAUGGAGGUGGUGGACAUGCUCAAUGAGAUCUACAAGAACUUUGACAGCGUCCUCGACCACCAUGAUGUCUACAAGGUCGAGACAAUUGGCGAUGCGUACAUGGUCGCAUCGGGUCUGCCAAAACGCAACGGCGACAGGCAUGCCGUGGACAUUGCACACAUGGCACUGGACAUCUUGUCAUUUGUUGGGACGUUUGAGCUGCAGCACUUGCCGGGCAUUCCUUUGUGGAUACGGAUUGGCGUGCAUUCAGGUCCCUGUGCUGCUGGAGUGGUGGGGAACAAGAUGCCCCGCUAUUGUCUAUUUGGAGAUACAGUCAACACGGCAUCACGAAUGGAGUCCACGGGCCUGCCUCUGAGAAUCCAUGUAAGUCAGUCCACCAUCAACAUUCUGCAGAGGACUGAUUGUCAAUUUCAGUAUGAGCAAAGAGGAGAGACGUAUCUGAAGGGGAAAGGCAAGGAGAUGACUUACUGGUUAACUGGAGUGACCGGAGGCAAAUACAAUCUACCUACACCACCAACAGCGGAGAACAUCCAGCGACUGCAGCAAGACCUGGCCGACAUGAUCGUAUCCAGCCUGGAAAAGCGUGGAAAAGGCAGAGAGAGUUUCGAAAAGAGGAAAACUUUGUCCACCAGACGGAGAGAAACUAGCGGCAGUCUGCACGGGGAAAGUUCCCCGGAAUAUUUCCACCUAGCUGUCACUGAUAACCCCAGUACUUAUCUGUGAUGAUAGAUUACUACCAGCCAUAAUCUGCAGCAAAUGAACACUGCUGGACAGGACAGAGUAGCAGUGACUCACCCAGGCAUGUGGAAACUGAGACUCGCACUAUGCUGUUGCAUUGACAAGUCGUUAUUUUCGCAUCAUGUUCGUUCUUCACUUGCAACUGCCGCCUAGCAGCAACCUUCUAAAAAGAGCAAGGAUGGAAUUUGACCUGACAUGAUAUGAACACUGCCUUUAUUUAAAGAACACAACAUGGGGAUGCUAAUCUAAUAAGUGAUGCGCUAAUAUGUUUUGUAUUUGCACCACAUUGUCUGCACGGAUUGAGCAUUUGACAAAGGGAUGGAAUAAUCACUUGGGUUUAGUGUGCAAAAUACUUGACUUUAGUAUUUCCUAGUAUUCAUUCACAGGUUCUGAAAGAUGCAAGUGUUGUAUAUUUAACUAUUCACAGCCACAUGAGUCAAAAGCAAAAUUUCUUCCUAAAACUGCAAACACACAAAGAAGGCUUAAGUGCACUUUUGUUAUGCGGUGGUGACCUCUUAUCGGGUGAUAUUUUUCCAUCACAGAUAUUGAUUAGGCACCAAACAUUCAAUGUGAUCUAUUUGCAAUGUUAUAAAUUGCAGAGAUGACGAAAAUCCGUUGGGUUUUAUUUUUAAAUGUCGCAAAUUAAACUGAAUUCAUCAACCGGGUUAAGCAGCGUAUCCACGCUGUUGCUAGGCAGAGUUGUUGGGCACUUAAACAGAAUGUCAUGUUUAAAGAUGCCACUAACAGAAUUGGUCGAUUUCUGGAUGCCUACUGUGGCAGUUAAUGUGAUUGCAACAGAAUCCCGCCGAGAAAGAUGUCUGAAGUUGAAAUAGAAUCUACACAGUUUUGGUUGUAACCAAUGCCGUGCCACCAAGUUCUGUGGCAGGAAGUGGAAGUCUGUGCUCUCUCAUGGCAUUGCAAAGUAGCAGCACUCCAAUCUCCUCAGCAUGGUCUGUUUCCCCUCUGCAAGUUCCCUUCUGACAUUUUGAGGUCCCCCUGCAAUUGACAAAGUCGUCAUCCCAUUUUGAGGUGUUGUGGGGUCCCUGGUGGUUAAGGUGGGCACAGGCUGAAAAGGCUGGUGAUGCUGAAGGGGACAAGUGACUUUCAACGGGCGGCUCUAUUUUUUGGGGAUGCUCAGGUUCAGAUUCCACUUCUUCUGCAAUGAAAUAAAUGAGAACAACAAAUAA